GCAAGAGAGAGAGGAGGGAGGAGAAAGAGAGGGUGAGAUAAGACAAUAAGGCAGGUAGAGAGAGUGUUCGGGUGAGAUUGCAUCAGGCUGUCCCAACAAGAGGAGGAAACUGAAGAUUAGCCUUCGUGUAACAGCCAAUAGAGAAGACUUGUGCAAACAAACAACAAUAGAAGGAACAGAAGAAUAUCGAAGUAAUCCAACCGGAGUUAUAAAAGUUGUAAAAUGUCUCUAGUGGGCGCCUUGCCUUUCCUGAAACCGCGCCUAUCCCCUUCUGUUUCUCCUGGGCGCCAAAGAAGACACACAUUGCCAGCAAGCGAGUUCCGACCGCUCAACACGCAAGAUGCCAUCAGCGUGUUCGAAAUCGAGAAAGAGGCCUUUAUAUCUGUGUCAGGAGACUGCCCGCUCCACCUUGAUGAGGUGCGUCAUUUCCUCACGCUGUGUCCAGAGCUGUCCAUGGGCUGGUUUGAGGAGGGGAGACUAGUAGCCUUCAUCAUUGGGUCCCAAUGGGACCAGGACAGACUCACCCUAGACGCCCUAACUCUUCACAAGCCCAAAGGUUCCACAGUUCAUAUCCAUGUGCUGGCGGUCCACCGGACCUUCCGGCAGCAGGGCAAGGGCCCUAUCCUGAUGUGGCGCUACCUGCAGUACCUACGCUGCCUGCCCUAUGUGCGCCGUGCAGUGCUCAUGUGCGAGGACUUCCUGGUUCCCUUCUACCAGAAGUCUGGCUUCAAGGUGCAGGGCCGCUGUUCCAUCACGGUGGCAUCACUGACCUUCACAGAGAUGCAGUAUCCUGUGAGGGGCCAUGCCCUGAUGCGGCGCAACAGUGAAGCUAUUGGUUUUCCUCAGACUGUGUUAUUAUUGGAGGAACCGAUUCAGAGGAGUAAGUCUGCAUUGUUAUUGGAGGAACAGACUCAGAGGACUGAGCCUGAGUCUGCUGAUGUGUAAAUCUUUUUUUACUCAGUUAUAUAUUAGAUUCCUGUUGUACAUAUCAACUAUGAUGUAAAAUAAAGUGAUGUAAACAUUUACAUUUAUAUCUAAGAUGGUAGUCUAAAGUGCACACCAUACAUGCAUGACCAAUGCAGGGAGUCUUUAAGCUUUAUUACAAUGUUUUAAUUUCAGAUACCUAACGUAAUUUAAUAUGUGAAUAUUUCAAUGUUAACUAGCUACAUGCUAAUGAAUGUUAGAACAAAUAUUGUGUGACUUCUGUGUGAGAUUAUAUUUUUACUGCAAAUGUUACCGUUUUAUUUAUUGUAAGUUUUGUCUGAAGGUUUGGGUUGCAAGCCCCCUCCUCUCUGACGGUAUAUGGACUGACGUCACUGACUACCAGGCUUUAGCAGCUCAACCGUGCCUCUUUAUCUCUAUUAGUGGGCAUUAGGUAUACUGUAAACGUCUGAGGAUUUACAAGAGGAUCCUUUCAUUGGACUGCCAGUAGAUCUAGUGACUUAACAAGCCCAUUUUCACACAAUGACAAAAGUAGGCUACAUCCACACCAAUUUGGAUUAAUCUGUUACUGAAACUGUUUGUCUAUUAAUUUCCCUUUGGGUCAUAUGUGCAGAGCGUUAAUCAAACCAUGUAAUAUAUUUUCUUACUCUACCAGAACCUGUCUUACCCUUGAAACCAAUCAUAUCUUUAAUAAAUAUGUUUUUGUACUGUUUUUGUUAUUAAAAAAUAUAAUAAAGAUGAUAAUGUA